CGGCGAGGAGCGCGGGGCGGGGCGCGCUGCGGCGGCCCCGUGAGGCGGCGGGUCCGGGGCUCCAGAAGCUUCCGCCGCUCUCCGCCCGCCGCGAUGAUGGGCCCGCGCCCCGUCCUCGUCCUCAGUCAGAACACAAAACGUGAGUCUGGAAGAAAAGUCCAGACAGGAAACAUCACUGCUGCGAAGACCAUUGCUGACAUCAUCCGAACAUGUUUAGGACCAAGAGCUAUGAUGAAGAUGCUUUUGGACCCCAUGGGUGGCAUUGUGAUGACCAACGAUGGCAAUGCUAUUCUUAGAGAAAUCCAAGUCCAGCAUCCAGCUGCAAAAUCAAUGAUAGAGAUCAGCCGCACGCAGGAUGAAGAAGUUGGAGAUGGGACCACAUCUGUCAUUAUCCUUGCCGGAGAGAUGCUCUCUGUUGCUGAACACUUUCUUGAACAGCAGAUGCACCCAACUGUGAUCAUCUGGGCUUAUCGUAAGGCUCUGGAUGACAUGAUCAGUAUUCUGAAGAAAAUUGGCACUCCAGUGGAUGUGAACAACAAAGAAAUGAUGCUUAAAAUAAUAAAGAGUGCGAUAAACACCAAGGCAAUAAACCGCUGGUCUGACUUGGCCUGUAGCAUCGCUCUUGAGGCCGUUAAGACCGUGGAAUUUGAAGAGAAUGGCAGAAGGGAAAUUGAUAUUAAAAAAUAUGCAAAAGUAGAAAAGAUUCCAGGUGGUUUUAGUGAAGACUCGUGUGUUUUGCGUGGAAUCAUGGUGAAUAAAGAUGUGACCCAUCCCAGAAUGCGUCGCCUUAUUAAGAAUCCACGCAUUGUCCUUCUGGAUUGUUCCCUAGAGUACAAGAAAGGAGAGAGCCAGACUGACAUUGAAAUUACGCGGGAGGAAGACUUUGCCCGCAUUCUGCAGAUGGAGGAGGAGUACAUUCAGCAGAUGUGUGAGGAUCUGAUAAGAGUCAAGCCAGAUCUGGUCAUCACGGAAAAAGGAGUUUCUGACCUGGCCCAACAUUACCUGAUGAGAGCCAACAUUACUGCCAUCCGCAGGGUGCGGAAGACUGACAACAACCGGAUCGCCAGGGCCUGCGGAGCUCGCAUUGUCAGUCGCACAGAUGAGCUCCGGGAGGAGGAUGUGGGAACUGGUGCCAGGCUCUUUGAAGUGAAAAAAAUAGGAGAUGAGUAUUUUGCCUUCAUCACUGAUUGCAAAGACCCCAAGGCUUGCACUAUCAUCCUGCGGGGAGCAAGCAAGGAGAUCUUAGCGGAGGUGGAGCGCAACCUGCAGGAUGCCAUGCAGGUGUGCCGGAACGUCCUCAUGGACCCGCAGCUGGUGCCUGGCGGGGGAGCCACCGAAAUGGCCGUGUCCCAUGCGCUGACCGAGAGGUCCAAGGGCAUGACAGGUGUGGAGCAGUGGCCCUACCGUGCAGUGGCCCAGGCUCUGGAGGUCAUUCCCCGGACACUGAUCCAGAACUGUGGCGCCAGUACCAUCCGUGUUCUGACCUCACUCAGGGCCAAGCACACCCAGGAAGGCAGCCAGACAUGGGGGGUGAAUGGGGAGACUGGAGCCCUGGUUGACAUGAAGGAGCUGGGGAUCUGGGAGCCCUUGGCUGUCAAACUGCAGACCUACAAAACAGCUGUGGAGACUGCAGUUCUCCUCCUCCGUAUUGAUGACAUCGUGUCGGGGCACAAAAAGAAGGGUGACAACCAAAGCAAGCAGCCCGCGGCGCCCGAGGCAGCCCAGGAGUGAGAGGCUGAGUGUCCACCGGGGAAAACCAGCCUUGACCUUGACACAGGGAUGAGCUCAGUGCAGUGACCCAGUGCUGAGGCUGAGCUGGGGAAAGUUUGUCUGAAGUCUGGGAGGGAUGGAGAAAACCCUGGACAUGGGGAGAGGUCUGUUGCUGUUGGUGUCUCUGCACUGGGGGAUACUGCUCCUGGGGUGAGGGUUCCAGACCGAAACUUCUCCUCUUUGCCCCAAAAUAAACACGUUGUUUCAGUC